CAUAAAAAAGCAAAACAAUAAUGAUGAACAACGUCUUUCGCUGCCCACCUGAAAGAUAGUUAUAAAUCCACAGUAUAACGUCUACGAAUAAAAGAAUACUCUGAAAGGGCCUAAUGAAUUUCACUUUUCAUGGAUAGUGAAAGAAAUGGCAAGCUUGUCAACUAGCAUUGUUUUGCUUUUCUUCUUUAACAUUCAUGUUACCAAAGGAUAUUAUUAUGACAAAGGUCCAGUGGACACCGUAACGAAAUGUCCUGGAUACUAUUGUGGAAGGUAUCAGAUCCCAGGUGAUAAUGAAACAAGCAGAUGGAGCUCAUGCGGGCCCUGCCCAAGAGGUUCAAGAGUCAACAGUACAUGGGCUUGCUCAGAAUGCACUAGUUCUCCAACUGCUUAUGAUUGGAUGUAUCUUUGCUUUAUGGUUGUUAUAGGUUUGUUGGCUCAGUGGUAUAGUAUUGAUACAAUGUUACCACACUCUCAGUUCUCCUGGAAAACUUUUGGAACACAUUUUUCCGCAUUGGUUGAAACUUGCCUUUCAGCUUGCAUUACAUUACUUGUGCAUGAACCAUUAGGUUCCCUUCAGCUAAAAUCCUGUACUGUUAAGCAUUUAUCAGAUUGGUAUACAAUUUUGCAUAAUCCAAAUCCCAACUACGAAGAGGUGCUUCAUUGCGCCCAAGAAGCAGUAUAUCCCUUGUACAGCAUAGUUUUCGUCCAUUAUGGAUUAUCAGUCUUUAUGCUAUUUUUUGUAAGACCUUGGGCAAAUAAAGCAUUGCAAAAUAGAGGUCAUGUGGCAUCUCGACCAAUUUAUGCCGCUCUCUAUUUGUACCCUAUCUUGGCCUUGAUCCACGGCAUUAUGGCAGGUUUAAUCUAUUAUGCCUUCCCGUCCAUCAUAAUUCUGCUGUCACUCAUGAGCCAUGCAUUUCAUUUUGCAUCAAGGAGUGAUCAGUCGUGGAGAGCGCUGCUUUACGAAACAGUAUCUUGCAUCCACAAUUUGGUCGUCGUAAUUGGACAUUGGGUAUUACAUGGUUUUGGCUUGGUUGCCCUAACUUUGUGGCUACAACCCGAAUUAUUGGCAGCCAUUUUAACACUUGUCCCAUUACCAACUUUCCUUUACAUUGUACUCUCCCGUUUCACCGAUCCUGGGAAAUUUCAUACUGAUUAAUUACCGGCGUAAUCGAAAAGAGUGCGUUUUCAUUCUGCUCUGUUGAAGUUGUGAAUAUUGCUGUUGUUUGAAUGUCAUGUAUGGAAAUUCAAAGGAUUUUGUUCCCUUUAAAUUUCCGUGGACGCUUUUAGAGUUGCUGAGCAAUUCUAAGUCGAUUUGAAAGAUAUAGAGGUUAUAGUUUGAAGUUCUGGACAACGGCGUCGGUUAUAAAACAUUUAAAGCUU